ACAUACCGCAGUGCUGCUUGUGCCACCAGCACGGCUCUCAGCUGCUCAGUUUCGCAUUGGCCGCGGCGCCGACGAGCACGGCAAGCGCGGUUUCUGCUUUCUGAUUUCAAUUUCGCGCAGUAUAAACCUAUGUAUAAGUGAUUUGUUGUGUUUUCAAAGUGUAACUGUACAUUUACAACACUACAACUCGGGUAAAACUAAAAUUAAAAUUAACCUAACAGUAAAAAUAAAAAAUCUAUAAAAUUAAGUUGUAAAAUGCGCGCUUCUUGAUUCCGUACGCCCGCUUGAUGCGCGAAGAAGAAAAAAUUGGCACACUAUCAAAAAAGUCCUCUUGAAAAACAUUCGCGAGAUCUAAAAAUACAUUGCAAAAAUAUUCGCCGUCAGUGCGGCACAGGAAAUUUAUGGAACAAUAAAAGUGAAUACGUGCGCAUUGUUCACGUGAAAUGAAUUCGUUUAUAUGAGUUUGAUAUUGUAAACGUUUUCAUUUAAAAGUCGACCGGCUGCGAGAAGAAAGUGUGAGAAAGUGUUGGUUGUGAUUAGAGUGUGAGAAAGUCGAAAUGACUUUCCAUCACGGCACGAUGAACAAUAAUGGUAGUAAAUGUGGCGGCAAUGGCGGCUUUGGUAAUCGCGGCAAGAUUUCUCUGCAUGGAUUAGAAGCUGGUGGUAAUGCCAAACCGGCUUGGUAUGUCAAAUUGCCUCGGGAAGCAUCCGAAGAAGGCCUAACCGACGGCAGUAAAGUCCGAUGCCCCGCGGCAGUCACCCGUUUAAGGGUGGAAAAAGUAGACGGUGGCUUAAUGGUUGCCGGCGUGGUGGUCGCCGCCAGCUGCCAGAUAAUCGUCCCGAUUUUCGGUUUCCUAUUCCUUCUCGUCGGCAUUGUGCUCACAGCGGCGUCAUAUCGUGGUCCUGGCGAAAACGAAGAACCUGAUCACUAUGCGGAACGCACCGCAUUCACAGGCGAUUCACGAAUCUUGGGGCCUUUCUGCAUUGUGGUCGGCUUCCUGAUGCUAUCCUGCGGGGCGCUACUCUGCGUUUUAACACGCCGAGCGCGCAUGAAGGAACAAACUGUGGGCUUUCAUUGUCCACUACACGGGGACUUCUAUCCGCUGAGUCCUGUCACCAGCUCAAAAACGAUCGCUGCCAUAGAGAACGGAAACAAGAACGGUUUCUUCAGCUGGACGAAGGGAAGAGGACCAGGGGCGAUUGCAGUUGGACCACCACAAUGUCCCCACAGUCAGGUGUCGAGCACGCGGAGUUCGCUGGCCAGCUCGCCGCAUAGCCAAUGCCCGACGCCGCAGCCCUUCCUCGUCAAUUCCAUGUCAUUUGGAGCAAUGGUGCCGUCGAUAGUGCAAACAUCCCCGGAUCAACCCUUCGGCUCAAUACGCUCACUCUCCGUGAGUCGGGAGGUGGCAAGCUUCCCAAUGUCACGGACGCCUACGCCGCCCCCAACCACUUUUGACAGCCCGAAUCUAGUCCAUGUCCCCGACGAAGAAAAACUCUUCUCUUCUGAAAAAGACGACGAUGAAGACGUGUGUGACGCAGUCGUGGUGAAUCCACGCAACGGCCCACGCAAAUCAGUCUCCAUUGUCCUGCCCCCAAGCGCCGCCGGCGACGGCAAUCAAGGAUGAUAAUCUCCUCGAACCGCAACCCAUCUCACAUCGCGUACCAACUAUUUUACUCAACUCGACUCGACUCAACAAUAAUUCAACUAUUACGUUAUAAUAUAAACAAGAAGCAUAUAAAGACACGGAUGCUAGUAAUUACGCAGCUGAAUGAUGAAAAAUCAGCUUUUAAAAGACAAAACAAUAAUGAAAAGCGAAACUGCAACCUGCAAACAUAAACAUAACCUACUAAUAUAACCUAAAAUGUACAUCACAUUUACUCUUGCUGUAAUUGUAUGUUAAUCUCGGUGAUAUUUAUAUUAUUUAUCUUAUUCGUUAAGAUAUUUUAUUGCUAUAUACUCAAACACACACUUGUUACAUGUUUUAAACUAAUGUGGAAGUUUAGAAAAUGUUUAGAACGAGAUGGUUGUGAUUUAAAUCGAUGUAAAUUCAAGUUGUUUACUAUGUUGUAAGACUGAUUAGAUGUAUGUUGCACGGGAAGACCUAAAACAAUGAAUUUUGUAGUUAAAAUGGCGGGAAACACACGUUUAAGUCAUGUAACAAGUGUUUAUUUAUCGAUUAUCAAUUGAAGUUUAAUUUAAGUUUGUUUAUACUUAUAUUUACAUUGAUUUACAAUUGAUUUGUAAACAGAAGUGGAUGAAAGCUUUACUAGUUUAAGUUUAAGUUACUGAGUACAAUUCAGACUUGGUUCUAGUUUAAUUCGUGGUGAUUUGGUGCCAAAACCAUUGAUUGGCCAAACAUGGAAACAAAAAUGGAAAGGAAAUCGCGUUUAUUUGGACAGAAGUAAAACUAAAGUGCUGUUGAAUAUUAUGUGUAGUAGUAUUGGAUGGGUUUCUUUUGUGAAGAAAUCAAAGUUUACUCUUGGAUUACUUGUGUAUCACAUAGUGAUUAUACUAAUAACAAACACAAACAAAUUAAUGUGUAAUGAAGAUUGAGGAGUGAAUGCAAGAGGGAAAUUUAUAUCAUAUUAUUGCUCAUUGAUUGCCCGGCGGUGUAAUUUUAGAUUGAAGCAACUAUGUACUCUUUAUACCUAUUAAAAUACAAAGAUAAACAAUCA